UUUCCGCCUUCUCUCACCAUGACACAGUGAUAUCAAUACUAAUAUCUAUCUUGUAUCUCUCACUUCACACGUUAUAAAAGGGACGUACAAUAGGCUUUUAUCCUCUUUAUCAACCCCCUUCACUAUGCCCAGUGUCACCACCCUACUGAAUCCCCGUCCAUACGAAACUUGUGCAGGUCGACUACUUCUAUUACCGUUACUACUACCCAGCAAACCCGUCAUUCUCCCUUCGGAGGUUUGGACCCAUGUUUUUCAAUAUCUUGCGAGUAUGGAGGGCGGCAGGACUACACUUUGGUCGCUGGUAAAAACGUCGCAGAACUUCAAAGAAAUAGCUCUUCCUUUACUCUAUUCUCGGGUUAAAAUACACGAUUUGGAGACUUUCGAGAAACUUUGCAAACGCAUUCAUGAAGCAGACGCUAAAUGGGAUUCUAUACGUCGAAUACCUUAUUCUGCGCCAGCACGUUGGGUGCAAACCCUCGACCUGUCCGAAAUACCCUAUACCGGCAGGAAUCAAGCAGUACUCCUCGACGGUCUAUUGACAGACUUAUUUCCGUUGUUACCAUUCCUCAGCCGCUUCUCUAUGAAUCCGUCAUUCGUUAUGAGCAAACGUGCGAUGACAGCACUUACAGAACGACCCGGAGUCUUUUAUCUGCGGUCCCUCAGUGGGAUUAGCUACGUCCCACAGCAGCGCUCCACCCCUUGUCAAGAACCUAUAGUCGAACUACUACGAAAUUGUGUCAAUCUUGAAGAGCUCGAAAUCAUAGGCCAAGGAUCGGACCCAGACACGUGGGGGUUCGAUGACCUGCUUAUCACUAACGAAACGUCGAUGGAAUGCUCAUUGUGCCUACCAUUGAACCUUCCACGUCUCCGUAUUCUUACCCUCUUAUCGACACUCCACUUCUCCCAUCUCUUGUCCUCUCUACUCAUCUCUCCUCUACCAUCAUUGACAAAGUUAACGAUAACACCAUCUGACGAUAUACCUGGAUCUUUGAACAGUCGUUUUAUCUCCACUCACGGUAUCAGUCUUCGUUCCCUCUUACUAUUAUCACCGAAGUCCUGGCCGACAAGGCUACACCCUUCUCCCGCGGACACCUUAAUCACAUGCCCCCAUCUUCGGCAUUUGUCGUUGGAAAAUCCUAUCCCUCAAUUGAUCCUGCAAAAAGUACAUCCGUUGGAGAUUUUGUCGAUCACCCGGCCGAACGCAGAAACAUGGUCGUUGUUGUGUCGGAUUUUACCCUAUCUACCUUCUCUCAAGGCGGUGAGGGCAAGGGACGUUCGGUGGUUGAGAAAAGGUGUCGGUGUGAGAGCUCAAGAGGCUGGCUUACAGGGUGAAAUGAGAGAGUGGAGGAGGAGGCUUGGGAGAAGAGGAAUCAGGGUUUUGGAUGCUGACUGGCAUGACACUGAAUGAAUUUUUGGAAGAAUCUUCUCAAGGAUGUGUAUCUAUUAUUUAGUAUAUCUAUCGCACAUGUAGCCACGACAUAUUUACCCUCACCACUCUCUUAUUAGUGUAAUCAAAAACUCGAGACAAAGACUCGUUGGAGAGCGAACGAACAUCGUUUCAUCGUUGCUUUCAUCGUCGCGUAUAAUCCCUCCCGAGAGGUGAGGAUAUUCUCCAUCCUCUGCCUGUCAUCCUCUCGCAUGUUUGCUAGGGAUACAUCCACACCCAGAACUGUCGGACAUAGUAUAGGAACCUGGCCUCGGAUAUUGGAAAUGUUUCCUAGAAAUUCGGGGUAUACAUACUCUGAAUGUUAUACCGGUAAUAAGACGAGCAAGAGAGUAACGGCAUAUUCCACCCAAGGAAUGGGACAGAAGAUAAGAUUGGUACAGCGGGAGGAGAUCAAUACAGGAAAUUUCCCGUUGGGACGGCACAAACACCGACGCAAUUUUUGGAAAUUUGGGUGAUAACGAAUGGAUGAUGCUGUCAGGUUUCUUCUCCCGCCUGAAAUGCCGUGACCAGGCUGUUUCAACUCUUCUCAGUUACACCCAAUUAGCAAUGUAUUCGUUUUUGAGAAUUUUUGAGAACUGAAGUCAAGCUGUUGUGUUUGGCCGUCGCACGGCGGGAUCUGGAUAUUAUUAUCAUCCGUCUUGGACCCCUCGGAGGAUGCUGAAGGACCCUGGUGUACGUCUAAUCUAUCCAAUCAGCCUACUGUGGUAGUAGCCCAGAGACUAAGCGGCUCCGAUCUCGAAUAACGCCAUCAAGGGUGGUUGAGAGUUAAUCGUUACAGACCCAUCUUCGUGAAUUAGAAGGCGCGGUAAGUGAAGCCGUGGAUGUCUGGGGAAUCGGGGAGUUUUGUGGUGGAACCGCAAGAGUAGGAGAGUGGGAUUGGGUAGUGAUCUUGUUGGGCAUGGAGAGCAGAGAGGGAGUACGAUGUUCUGUGUUCUAUGUCAACACAGGAGCACAGGGUGAGAUACAAAAAG